AUGCCUUUGCAGGCCCAUACGGGGUCUAGCCCCCUCCAAGCUCUUCAGCUUCCCGUCCUGUCGAACAAUCUCAACCACCUCUUCCCUGUCGCAGACCUCGUCCGAACCCCCGUCCAACACCAAGAAGCGCAAGCCGUUGACCCGAGAACAACGCGGCUUCCUCUCCUCCGCUGUCCGUCCAACUCCGCCAGAAAUCUGAUCCCAGGUCCCCACGUACAUGAAAUCAUCACUGACGAACCUUCUCAGCUCCGUGUCAACCAAGCCGGCGAACUUGCCGCCACGCUCAUCUACAAAGCCCAGACCCCGCUCGUCGUCCGCCAGCACCCCCAUCUCCGGCCGCUGAUGGCGCACAUGUACGACCAAGAAGCCGGGCACUUUGCAACGUUCAACAACCUCAUCCACAAGCACCGCGUGCGUCCGACGGCGCUCUACCCUCUGUGGUCGGUCCUCGCCACAGGUCUAGGCUGGUCAACUGCCCUGAUGGGCCGCGAGGCAGCAAUGGCAUGUACGGAGGCGGUCGAGACCGAGAUUGGGGACCAUUACAAUAACCAGAUUCGAGAGAUACUGGAGAUGAUUACGCAGUGGGAGGCAGAGGGCUACGAAGUCAGUGCCGAGAUUGGGGAGCUGGUAAAGACAUUGAGAAGGAUACGGGAUGAGGAGCUGGAGCAUUUGGACCAUGCGGUUGAGCAUGAUGCGAAGAAGGCAGAGCCGCAUUGGUUGUUGACUGGAGUUAUAAGGGCGGGUUGUAGGGGAGCGAUCUGGGUCAGUGAGCGAGUUUGA